UUUUAAGGUGAUAACAACAAUUGUGAUAACAACAAAUAUCUUUUUUAUACAACCAAAUUUUUAAUUUUUACUGUAUUGUAACUGUACCCGGUACCGUAUACUAUACAGCUUGUGUGCAAUUUAUUUUUGUCGAGGUUAGUUUAUUUCGUUUUCUUUCAUCGAAAAGUAUGUCCGAGCGAAAGCGGGAAAGUAAUUUUACCAAUGCAGAAAUCGAUUUAUUGUUGCAUUUAUGCAACACAAACAAAAAAAUUUUGGAAAAUAAAACAACCAAUGCGGUAACGUGGAAGCAAAAAUUGUUGGCCUGGGAAAAGAUCCAUACAGAAUUUAAUUCUACAACCGAUGGUCAAUCCAGGUCUAUCAAAAACCUAAGAUCAAAAUAUGAUUCUAUGAAAAAAGAAGUGAGGAAAUCUGUUGCAAAACAAAAAAAGAAUGUUACUGGUACAGGUGGAGGUCCAUUCAUAAGUGAGGCAAAAUUAAGCCCUGCUUUGGAACAGCUGCAUCAAAACAUAAAACUAAGCUCUGAUGGGUUAAUUUGCCAAUAUGAUUCAGAUAUCACUCAUAUAAAUUUAAAAAGUACUGAUGCUGAUGAAUUCGAUUUUGGCAUCAUGAUGGAAGAAAUAGAUGAUACGUCAAUAUUAGAGGAAAAUAAUUCACCUAGUAAUCCAACAGACACCAUUCGAGUAGAUUUUAGUGAUUAUAGUGCUUCAAUGCUACAGACUGCCAAGCCAAAAGAACUAAAGCGUAAAAUAAGCACAGAUAUUGUUGUAGAUCAAGUACCAACUACCAGCGAAUCAUUAUUUGAAAAAUCAAGAUCUCUAGAGCAGACACGGUUUAAUUUCUCUCUAAAAAAAAAAUCAACUGUUUCAAGUGUGGCGACUAAAUAUAAUGAUUUGUGUACCUCGAAGGCAGAACUUGUAGAAAGAGAAUUGAAGAUAUUGGGGAAAAAAGAACAGGAAGAUACUAUUGAACAUCAACUACGAACUACAAAACUUAAGUUAGAAAUCGAGAAAUUAGAAUUAGAGAUAUUGAUACUAAAAAAAUCUACUCAGUCUUAAUUGAUUAGUCAAUUUAUUUUGUACAUUUAAACAGUCAUAUUUGUUUUUGUUUUAAUAUUUAAUUAUAAAUAUAUACAUACCGAA